AUGGGAGAGGUGAAGGCUCCUGUGGUCAGCAACACGCUGGUUGCACGCUCAGCAUCUCAGAGGGCCGCGGCGGUUGACUUGUUUACUUCACACGUGUCUCUGUCCUGUUCCCAGCUGUUUGCGCGCGUGCGGGAGGAGGACCCCGACUUCCACCAGAAGAUCAUUGCGGUGAGCAGCGAGCUGACCCAGCCCGGCCUGGCCCUCGGCCCGCAGGACGUGGAGAUGCUCUGCGGCUGCAUCAACAUCGUCUUCCACUGCGCCGCCACCAUCCGCUUCGACGCGCCACUCAAGCAGGCGCUGCAGCUUAAUGUGAUCGCCACCAUGCAGCUGCUGGGUCUGGCCCGCAAGAUGCAGCACCUGGAGGCCUUCAUCCAUGUCUCCACCGCGUACGCCAACUGCAACCUCCACCACAUCGACGAGGUCAUCUACCCCCCUCCCGUCGAGCCUACCAAGCUCAUUGACUCGCUGUCGUGGAUGGAGGACAGCAUCGUGGAGGACAUCACGCCACGGCUGAUCGGCGACCGGCCCAACACCUACACCUACACCAAGGCGCUGGCGGAGUACGCGGUGCAGCAGGAGCAGGAGCACCUCAACAUCGGCAUCAUCAGACCCUCCAUCGUGGGCGCCAGCUGGCAGGAGCCCUUCCCUGGCUGGAUCGACAACUUCAACGGGCCGAGUGGAGUCUUCAUAGCCGCGGGGAAGGGCCUCCUGCGUACCAUGAGGGCCAACCAUGACGCGGUGGCGGACCUGAUCCCGGUGGACGUGGUGAUCAACCUGACGCUGUCCGCUGGCUGGUACACGGCCGUGCACAGACCUAAGACGGCAAUGGUCUACAACUGCACCACAGGGGGCAUCAACCCCUUCCACUGGGGCGAGAUCGAGUACCACGUGAUGAACACCUUCAAGACCAACCCCCUGGAGCAGGCCUUCCGCCGGCCCAACGCCAACAUCACCUCCAACUACCUGGUCAACCAGUACUGGAUGCUGGUGAGCCACCGGUGCCCCGCCAUCCUCUACGACAUGUACCUGCGUCUCUCCGGACAGAAGCCCACGAUGAUGCGUAUCUUCAACCGGCUCCACAAGGCCAUCGGCCUGCUGGAGUACUUCAGCAACCAGGACUGGGAGUGGAAGUCUGACAACAUGAGCAUGCUGCUGAACCAGCUCACGGUGGAGGACCGCAAGACGUUCAACUUUGACGUGCGGCAGCUGAACUGGCCAGAGUACAUCGAGAACUACUGCAUCGGGACCAAGAAAUACGUCCUCAAUGAGGAGAUGUCCGACAUCCCUGUGGCCCAGAAACACCUGAGGAAGCUGAGGAACAUCCGCUACACCUUCAACACGCUGCUCCUCAUCUUCAUCUGGAGGGUGUUCAUCGCCCGCUCCCAGAUGGCCCACAACAUCUGGUACUUCGUGAGUUUUGUCGGGGAGCCGAUAGUCACCAGUGCCUGCACACUCUACAGCUACUGCAGUGAACAUUUACAACAAUUCCUGCCACUGCAGCGAUUAAAGUGGGACUAUGGGCAGACCUAGGCCCCUGUGCUGGCCCUGGUGCUGGUGCUGGCCCUGGUGCUGGCCCUGGUGCUGGCCCCGGGUCCUAGCCCCGGUCCUAGCCCCUGGCCUCCUCUCCAGGCCGGAGGUCCAGCGGGGGGAGGUGGUCGUUCUGCUGCUGGCCCGCCUGUGCCUCCUGGAGGAGGAGGAUACACAGGAGGACUCAUCAACUCCAAACUACAGAUGGAUAAAGCAAACGACCACUACCACUCCUUGACAGACAGGACUGUCGGACGUAUUUCACAGAUGUGUAUGUUUUUUUUUGUUGAUAAUAUUUUGACUCCAUUUAACCGUGAACAAUGUAAUCAUAAAUGUUUUAGUAGCAUAGGACAAUCAUUUUAAAUGGUGACUGCUUAUGAAAACGCUAUUGGUCAGGACUUAACUUAGGGUUUAGUC